AUGGCCCCAUUCCUCUCCUCUCUGAGACUUUUCAUCAGGACCAACGCCUUCCUCUGCCUGCUCCUCCUCUACCUUGUCCUCGUCCUGCUGGGAGCUGUGGUGUUCUCAGCCGUGGAGAGGCCAGUGGAGGAGGAGCUGAGAGCGGAGGUGCAGCAGGUGUGGAGCUCAUUCCUGAAGGAGAACCCGUGUGUGGAGGAGGAGAAGCUGAAGGAGGUUGUGAGGAGAAUGCUGACGGCUCAUCAGAGGGAUGUUCCUGUUCUAAAAGAGGACGAGGAGCAAUGCCAGGGGUUCACUUCUUCGCUCUACUUUGUCAUUGUCACGCUCACCACUAUGGGUUCCGACUCGUCCACUCCUAAAUCAGAGGAGGCCAAACUCUUUUGUAUUUUUUACUGCACCCUAGGGAUCCCUCUCACCCUCUUUCUCCUCACCGUCUUCUCCAAGCUCCUCCUUCCUAUCCUUACCCACGCUCCUAUCCAUGUCCUUCACGUCCUGCUGGGUCUACCUUAUGCGGAGGCUGCCCUCCUCCACGCCCUCCUCCUCUCUGUGCUCGUCCUCAGCCUCCUCUUCAUCCUCCCUGCUCUCCUUGUGAUCCUCCUGGAACCCAACUGGAGCUUCUUAGAUGCUCUUUUCUUCUGCUUCCUCACCCUCAGCACCGUUGGAGAGGGGGGGGACACUUUAGGGAGGAGCUGGAAUCCAGGAGCAAGGGAGACGCUGGAGCUGCUCACCACAUGUUACCUGGUUGUUGGUUUGGUGGUUCUGAUCACCUUUAAGGACACGGUCCUGCAGGUGCCCCAGGUGUGCUCAGUCCUCAGGCUCCUAUCCGGUCCUCAGUACGCUGAGCUGGAAGGUUUGAAUCUGAAUGAACUGACUUUGAGUGAGUGUGAAGAUGAGCCCCAAUACUCCCAGUCCAUCUGCACCAUCUCCUCCACCCCACUUCACCGGCUGAAUUCUCAGACAGAAGAACUGGCUGCUGACAUGGAACUGCACACCACCAGGAUGUCUUCUGACAGCUAAGCUGACCACUGACUCUACUCUCCACAUUGCCAGGAUGUCAACAGAUAGAACCAGCUGAGUUACCACAGAGGGAAGGUAAAAAAAAUAAAUAAAUAAAUUAGGGUGCUGGUUUGGCUCUGUUCAUAAAGCAGGCGCCCAUAUUCAGAGGCUGUAGUCCUCAUGCGCUGAUCAUAGGAUUGACUUCCUGCCUUGGCACUAUUUGGUGCAUGUCGUCCUCCAUGCUCUGUCCCCAUAUAUUUUGCCUCUCUACAGCUGCCUUCUCUGAAUAAAGGCCAAAGAGCCCAAAAAAUAUUCUUUAAAAGAAAAAACUGCAUUUUAAAAACAGUGGUUACAUUUUACUUUGUUUCAAAAGCUGCACUUUAAAAUAUUUGGCCCAUAAAUACUGAUUUAUUUCAUUAUUGAUUAAUAAUAAUUCUGCUUUCAAUGAAUUGAUCAGCUAAGUAUUUCAGUUAGCUCAAA